AUGGCCAACUCGGCUGACCGAGUCUUCCACACUUUGGAACUCGCUCAGCAAAUCGUCUUUGAGCUGGAACUCAAGGAUUUCUGUAGAACAUUAUCGAUAACAAAAAGACUAUGGGAAAGCAAGCCAUGGAGUCAAGCCGGAGCAAGCCUCUUGAAAUUGAAAGACAAACUUGAGGGCAGAUACACCUUCGAAUUCGACCGUCAUGACGAUAUGGUGGCGCCACUCAUAAUUCGGUCUUCGCCAGGCAACACAGAAGACGAACGCGACAUCUUUGUGCUAGACCUCGACGAGCCACGUCUCCUAUUCACAAAGGUAGAAAAGUUUCCUGGAUGUGCAAUGAUCCUUGGCCCUGUCCUCAUGGGCAGGGAAUACAGUGACUCAGAUGAAGAUGCACCUCCCAUUGUUGUUUACAGUCUUCCAGACUGGUCUCUAAUGGCCAGGUUUACAAACACCCAUCUCGGCAGCGAUGAGCUCUAUCCCUAUCUGAGAAAUUGCCAAGUCUAUAAGCAUUUCAUCCUAAUUGUUCAUGUUAUGUAUCAUAAGACAGCCCCUGGUGUGAUCCAGACUUGGUUCGAUAUUUGGGACAUUCAAGGAACGCAGCGCGGAGAAAUACUCUUUCCCAAAGAAGGAUUUGUAUGUGAUGCGUUCCACUCUCACGCCGGAAAUCACUACUUGACGAUACACAGCAGCCCCUGGGUUGAAAAUGGCCCAGAAACCGUCCAAACGUGGGACCUAGAACGGAUGGAGUUGACCUAUGAAUACGCCAUAUCCCAAGAUGACAUGGAUAAAGGCUAUUCCUGUGAACCAGGUAGUGGCAUUGUGUACCUCUGGGCUGAGAAUGAAAAACCGUUCGAAUACUGGACUGUUGAUGGCAGGCCUGCUUCCAGGAAAGUGGCGAAAAUGGAAUGGGAAUCAUUCUCAUGUCACCCGGGAAUGUUUUCAGAUGGUAGCAGGAUUGUAACAAGCAAGUGGCUUACGCUGUAUACGAAGGAGGGAGAUGUAGUGAAGCGCUACAACGUGAAGAGCGAAGAUGACUACUAUCUUGAAGCUGGCGUACUUUUUGAUCGAUUCUUCUUCAGCAUCUCUUGGCGUGAAAAAUCGAAAUCUGCCUCCCUGGUCGUUUAUUCCAAGACGGGAGAGAAGUUGGCGUGGACUCGUCUACGUGUGAGAGGGAGAUACUUCAGCUGGUUCAUUGACAUUUCGGAACGCCUGGUUUUAGUCUGGGACGCACGUAGAUACGUGGAAACUGUAGACUUCCGUGGGCUUUUGCAAUAA